AUGGAUUUGUACAAAGACUUUAAUUAUGUAUACGAUUCAUUGUAUAAGCUGAAGACUUUCAGUGAAGAAGGAAUUAACAAAAUUUAUCUUGAUAUCAAAAAUUUAAUGUUUGAAACCAAACGUGCACCUCCAAAUCAAAUUCUAACAAUAAUUUCUACUGCAAUGCCUUUUAAUAUCAAGUACAUAAAGCCAUACAAGGAGAUUUUCAAAAUGAUUUAUACAGAAUAUCAUCCAAUCUUUACACGUGGAGAAAUUCAAAGCAUUCCAUAUAUUUUGUGGGCAGAUUUACAAGAUGAAAAUGGCGUUUUAUUAUCAACGAGGUAUAGUUCUGGAAUCGAAGCAAAUAAAACUAAAGAUUAUUCAUUGAAUUUUAUUGAAGAUAACACAAUUUACAGAGCUAUUAUGUAUGAUGACAAAUUUUCUUUCAUAAUUUUCACGGAGACAGAUAGUUUCGACAAGAAUCAAAUGUUACAAAGUGAUUUAUAUCCUUCUUCUCCUAAUUCAUUGCUUGAGCUAUGUUGUUAUCAUGGAGCUGUUAAUUGUUUUAAAUUGUUAAUUUCAAAAUUUAAUUCAAUAAUAACACCAAAAUGUCUUUUUUAUUCAUUUUUGGGUGGAAAUCCAGACAUUAUUAAUAACUGUUUGAAGAAUGCAUGA